CCUGUUUUUUAGCUUGUUGCUUGGAGUUUGGCUGGCAGACAUGAUGGACGAAGAACCAGAGAGAGCCAAGCGCUGGGAGGGGGGCUACGAGAGGACAUGGGAGGUGCUGAAGGAGGACGAAUCUGGCUCCCUGAAAGCCACAGUAGAGGAGAUCCUGUUCCAGUCCAAAAGGAAAAGGGUGAUAGAGAACUAUGGGAAAGUGAGACUUGGGAUGAUGCGUCACCUCUACGUGGUGGUUGACUGCUCAAGAAGUAUGGACGACCAUGACCUGAAACCAAACCGCCUCACCUCCACUCUAAAGCUGAUGGAAGCAUUCGUUGAGGAGUAUUUUGACCAAAACCCCAUCAGUCAGCUCGGCAUCAUCACGACCAAGAAUAAAAGGGCUGAGAAGCUGACUGACCUGGCAGGAAACCCAAAGAAACACACUGCUGCUCUGAAGAAAGCCGUGGACACAGUGUGUGUGGGAGAGCCGUCUCUCUACAACUCCCUCAACCUCUCCAUACAGACCCUCAAGCACAUGCCUGGUCACACCAGCCGGGAAAUCCUCAUCAUCCUCAGCAGCCUCACCACAUGUGACCCCGCCAACAUCUGUGAGCUCAUUAAGACCCUGAAGUCUCUGAAGGUUCGGGUGUCAGUGAUCGGCCUGUCAGCAGAGGUCCGGGUGUGUACGGUUCUGACCAGAGAGACGGGCGGCUCCUACCACGUUAUUCUGGACGAGAGUCACUUCAAAGAGCUGCUGAUGCUGCAUGUCAGACCUCCUCCAGUCAGCUCUUCAUCUGAAUGCUCUUUAAUACGAAUGGGUUUCCCUCAGCACAUCAUCGCUUCUCUGACCGACCAGGACGCCAAGCCUUCAUUCAGCAUGUCGCAGCUGGACAGCAACAGCAGCGAGGCGGCUCUGACUCUGGGAGGAUACUUCUGUCCACAGUGCCACACCAAGUACACAGAGCUACCAGUGGAGUGUAAAGUUUGUGGUCUGACUCUGGUGUCAGCUCCUCAUCUUGCCAGAUCCUUCCACCACCUCUUCCCCCUCCAGGCCUUUACAGAGAGUCCUACAGAGGAGCUGCAGGAGGACAGGUUCUGUCAGGCUUGUCAAGGGGAGCUGAAAGACAAAAGUAUCUUCAGCUGUCCGUCCUGUGGCAGUGCGUUCUGUGUGGAGUGUGAUUUCUUCAUCCACGACUCGCUGCACUGCUGCCCUGGCUGCAUCCACAGUCAGACGGCUCCCUGAAGCCAAGACAGACUGAAAUAAACUCAGCGCUCAUGUUUCAUAUCUGCUCACCCUAUCCAUCACAUCAGUGUUGUCCACCUAUGAUAGGAGGGGUAUUUUAAGCGCAGGCAUUCCAAAGGCCACAUUUCUAAGAUGGGCAGGAUUGGUACAAAAUAUUUGUAUUAAUUGGAUCAUUUUGGCUGAUCCGUUUCAUUUACAGGUGGAAGCAGCUUCUUGCUGAGCCCCAACAAGUCUUUUCCUGCUAAUACUUAGCACACUGCUUUAUUUAUGUCACAAAAGGUUUGUGUGCAUUCUUUAUACACUUUUGUACGAUAUUUCUGUUUGUGACAUGGGAGUUACAAUAAAACUGAUUUGAAAUCUGA